AACACCAAACAUUUGUAUACACCGUCAAAUCCAAUAAUCCAUACGGUGUGGCACUCGUGGCUGCGUCACGGUGGACGUCAGUUCUUACGUCAGCGCUGACGUGUUUCGUCAACAAAGACGGCUGCGUUGACUUGCUCCUCCCAGCUGCCGUCCGUGUUGGCAUCGUCAACGAAGAUGUGUGGCCUUCGCUCCGGCCGAAUCUGAGCCGUGCACCUCUGAAUCGACGGCUGCCGCCCGUCUCCUCUCCAGGCUCUGCUCUCCUCUCCGUGAAAAAAAAAAUAAAUAAUAAGGAGGUGUGGUGACGACUGGUGACGCGCUCUUCCCCCAAAAAAAAGGCAGGUCCAUCUCGACUCGAGGGGAAGUUUCGCUCUCGCCGGCGUCGAGGACCGUCCGUCCGUCCGGGGAAGGAGCAGGAGCCAGGAGGCGAAGAUGAUCGAGGUGGUGCUGAACGACCGGCUGGGGAAGAAGGUGCGGGUGAAGUGCAACGAGGACGACACCAUCGGCGACCUCAAGAAGCUGGUGGCGGCGCAGACGGGGACGCGCCCGGAGAAGAUCCGCAUCCAGAAGUGGUACAACAUCUACAAGGACCACAUCACCCUCAAGGACUACGAGAUCCACGACGGCAUGGGCCUCGAGCUCUACUACAACUAGCCGCCGCCGCCUCCUCUCCCCUGUUGUCAGGCUGGUCUGAAUUCAGAAGUCACGGGUGCAAUUCCAGUUGCAGUCUCUUAAGCUCACAUAUAUAUAAGCAACCUCAGUGAGCUAUUUAAGACAUGGUGUGCCAAACUAUAGUGACUACUGACAACUUUGAAUAUGUUGUAUGAUCAACCUGCAAACUUGGUGUGCUGCUACUCAUACUAUAAAUAACGUAGGGCUUUAACCUUGGUUGUGGUAAUCACCAUCUCUUCUCAUGCAAUUAUGUCCACAUCAUUCUGCUUC